AUGGACGCUCUAGACGAGCGCAGCAUCAAGUUUCAGCGAAUGAAAGGCCAAGAGUGCCUCCCUGAGGCCAUGAUGCACGACCGAGGUGCGGUUGUCCCGGCAGUCGUGGUGUCUCCAUCCAAUGAAUCGGAGGUGGUUCAAACACUGCAGAUCCUCACCAAACUUGACCUCUACCAUGGCGGCCAGGCUGUGUCAGUGAAGAGCGGAGGCCACGGUUAUUUCAACGGCGCCACGUGCGCCGACAUCAUGCUCAAUUUGUCGGCCAUGAGGCAGCGCAAGAUCGAACAGAACGUUCUCACAUUAGAGCCUGGCUGCCUCCUGGGCCAUACCAUUGACCUGCUCGCCAAGAACCACAAGGCGGUGCCUCAUGGAGACUGCUUUGGCGUCGGCGCGGGUGGCCAUUUCACCACCGCUGGCUGGGACAUCCUGCUUGCGCGCCGCUACGGUCUGGGCUGCCAGUCGGUGGUCGGUGGUCGGCUUGUUCUUUGGGAUGGCACGGUUUGGGACGUGGGCGACAAGGACCAUCGUGAUCUGCUCUACGCCAUGCGUGGUGGUGCCGCCGCCGGCACCGGCGUCGUCACGAAAAUCCAGCUUCGCCUAGAGGAGGAACCGGCCCUGGCCACGUGGCAAUUUGUUCCCCUCACGAAAGACGACCUGAAACACAGACUCGUAGCGCAGCGGGUAUUUCAACGAGCCGAGAGCCUGCCCCGGGAUAUCACCGUCUCGCUUCGCUUUCACUACGAGCUCGGGGAGGACCAGCGCUCGUGUUCUUUCAAUGUGACGAGCCUCUUGACGGCCAAGGAGACUCUUCAAAAGCUAAAACGGCAUUUGGGUCCUGAGGUGUCCGAGCUGGUGUCUGAUCUGACCCGAUGGAAUGAAGGGUCGUUGCUGGACUUGCGUCUGAAAGUCGCGUCGGACACGCUGGUGAAGAAUCCCCAGAUGUUGGCGGACAUGACUGCCCGCUCCCUGCAUGACAAUCCACGGUUGUACUGGAGUGAACAGCAGUGCUUGCGCGAGAUGGAGCGAUCUCACCUUCUUUCGCGCUCGUACUGGGUCACAAAUGACUGCGA